AUGAGCCAAAUUUGGUUUAAUGCCAUCAGAGCAGGGGAUAUCACGUUCGUGCGUGCUAAUGCAACUAAGUACCGGGGUACCCGCAACAAACAUAACGAAACAGGGCUUGUGUAUGCGAUAAAGCAUAACCGUGUGGAUAUUGCAUCAUUCUUAAUUCCGUACGAGCGCAACCUGAUUUUAGAUGGCGCUUUCACACCGCUCAUGGUAUGUGCUCUAUAUAACUGUGUUGACGUGGCAAUAAUCCUUGCUGCUAGCGGUCACUCAGCCGUGAAUUCUGAAAUGCAAACUGCUCUUAUGAUAGCUGCCGAAAGGGACCAUGCAAAGAUCAUCCAAAUCAUUCUCCCCAAUGAGGUAAUGCGCCGGGAUUCACGGGAUCGUACGGCUCUGAUGCUGGCCUCGAUAAGCGGCCAGAACAAGGCGGUUGAGCUACUACUCCCCCAGGAGGGCGGAUUUGUCAACUCGCACAAAGAAACCGCCUUUUAUCUUGCUCUUUAUCACAAUAACCUAUCCACGGCAAAGAUUCUCGAGCCAGUGGAGGCCAAUACGUGGUGUGACAAGCUUGUAUCUGUUGUUGGCAUGUGUUUAUCUGACCCUAAGACCACCGAGUAUAUUCAGUAUCUAGCACAUAAGUACCCCAAUAUAGAGAAGGCAUAUAGAGAUUUUUGCGGUCAGGCGGGAACCUCCUUGAGUCCCUACAAGGAGCUCCGAUCCAUUGCUGAGUUACGGCCUUUAACGGGUCGCUCUGUUAACUCCCUAAAUCCAUCAGACGCACGAACAGACAAAGCCUUGUUUAUAUCGCCCAUUCCGACUAGAUCCUCGCCUCUUCGGUCGUCCCGGUCUGUUAACUCAAGGCUUAAGGAGGAGCAUGUGACCAUAUCUCAGUCAAUACAAAACAGCGCACAUGAACUGGAAAGAUUCAAGGACUCGUAUAUUACUAAUAUUAACCAGCUUCGUCGAGAUGCAGAGUCUCUGCAAAAGCAACUCAAGGCCCAGGUCCAUGCCCAGGCUCAAUCCAGCGAUCCUCCGCGGUCAUCCACCGGUGGCCCUCGAUAUCAAAAAACUCCAACAGCACUCCGCCAAGCAACUGUUACCCCUACCUCUCUUCCUAAAACAAUGGCAAAAGAUGAGGCACAUAUUGUCCACUCGUUCACUAGUAGUCCGCCACGCAUCAAGCGUGCGGGAGGAGAUGUCACUACACUCUGCAACGAGAUAAUUGUCAGCUUUGUAAAGUCCAUGGGUACGAAUCCUUUAUCUCCACGUUCACCAUCCAGACCUGUCUCUAGGCCCGUACGCAGCAAUAGUACACUAACAGCUAGGGACAAUUGGACUGCAAGUACAGACUCCAUGCAAUCUCACACGGAGCAAGCUGUCAAUACAAACGAUACCAUCAGCUCUCUGUCAAAUUCUAAGGCUGCAAACACAUAUAUUAACUAUAGCAAGCAGAUGCAAUCCAAGCUACUUACUAUGCUUAAUCAAAAGCACGAUAGAUCGCUGGGCUGGAACAGCAGCGAUAGCUCCUUUUUCUCACAGUCAACUGCCAAUAAAGAAGGAGAAGAAUUCAAGGGCAAUAUUGAUGGCCCUGAUGGUCUAGCUUCUAUUCUAACGAGAUCUGUACCUGCUUCAGCCCAGCGCCUUCAGUCCCCAAGGGCUUUUGAGAUAGUCUAUGAUCAAGUAGUUGGCACUAACGACUCCGAACACCUCAAUGCCAAAAUACCUAUCCCAGAUAAUGAGACAAACGUUUACAAUAGCACCCUAAUCAAUUCGACACCAUAUAAUGAGGUAGCGCAGAGCCCUAAGAACACAACCAGUAUCUUUAUGGGCACAAACAGCAUCGUACAGCAGCAAAACCAACAAGAAGAUCAACACAAACAGUCAAGUGAUGCUACCGUAGCAGCCACAAAUCAAGGCCUCAUGGAUACAAUUGAAAACUUUACGCAAAUCAUUGAUGACUUGUCAAAUGAAAAUAUUCUACUUAAUAAAGAACUAGACAAGUUCAAACGAAUGCAGCGUCAACUGUACGACGAGAGCAAGACAGAUAAGCAGACCAUAGAACUGCUUCGCAAGCAGCUUGACAGCAUGGCCCACAACUUUUCAGAAUCCACUAAGCGUGACAUCUACACUAUGAAGAAGGAGAUCGCACGACUUGACAACUCUUUGAUGGACGCGAAGCGCCUGGAGCUAGAGCUGUCCCGAGUUGUGGAUGACGAUGAUGCAGAUCAAAUCACAGAUGAAUCCUUGAUGCUCUAA